GCUUAAGAGAUCCUCCCACCUUGGCCUCCCAAAGUGCUGGGUUUACAAGCAUGAGCCACUGCAUCCAGUCAGUCCCAGCACUUUGGGAAGCUGAGGUGGGAGGAUGACUUGAGCUUAGGAGUUUGAGACCAACCUGGGCAACGUACUGAGAACUUGUCUCUAUAUUUAAAAAAAAAAAGUCUUUGGGAGGCCAAAGCGGGAGGAUCACCUGAGGUCAGGAGUUCGAGACCGGCCUGGCCAAUAUGGCAAAACCCCAUCUCUACUAAAAAUACAAAAAUUAGCCAGGUGUGGUGGCACACGCCUGUAGUGGUGGUGCAUGCCUGUAGUCCCAGCUACUCAAGAGGCUGAGGCAGGAUAAUCACUUGAACUGGGAGAUGGAGGUUGCAGUGAGCUGAGAUCGCACCAGUGCACUCCAGCCUGGGCAACAGAGUGAGACUCCAUCUUAUAAAAGGAAAAAAGAAGAAAAGAAAAAUUCCAUAUCUGAGUGUUUACUCCUGAGUUUUUGAGACUGUUAUUAAGAUCGUGCUCUACUGUGAUGAUUUGGGUUUGUUUGAUAAUCAGUAAAAAGCAUAUUCUUUUGGGUGUUCAGCUGCACUGCUUUGGUGUCACAACUGCACAUUGGUUUCACAGCUGCAGGACAAAUUCGAGCAUCUUAAAAUGAUUCAACAGGAGGAGAUAAGGAAGCUCGAGGAAGAGAAAAACAACUGGAAGGAGAAAUCAUAGAUUUUUAUAAAAUGAAAGCUGCCUCUGAAGCACUGCAGACUCAGCUGAGCACUGAUACAAAGAAAGACAAACAUCGACUUUUUACCUUAAUCCUUGCUGCAGUAUUUCCAAGUAACAGUGGAGAUAGAUUUACCCUUUCUAAACUAUUAGCUGUAAUUUUAAGCAUUGGAGGUGUUGUACUGGUAAACCUGUCAGGAUCUGAAAAAUCUGCUGGAAGAGAUACAAUAGGUUCCAUUUGGUCUCUUGCUGGAGCCAUGCUCUAUGCUGUCUAUAUUGUUAUGAUUAAGAGAAAAGUAGAUAGAGAAGACAAGUUGGAUAUUCCAAUGUUCUUUGGUUUUGUAGGUUUGUUUAAUCUGCUGCUCUUAUGGCCAGGUUUCUUUUUACUUCAUUAUACUGGAUUUGAGGACUUCGAGUUUCCCAAUAAAGUAGUAUUAAUGUGCAUUAUCAUUAAUGGCCUUAUUGGAACAGUACUCUCAGAGUUCCUGUGGUUGUGGGGCUGCUUUCUUACCUCAUCAUUGAUAGGCACACUUGCACUAAGCCUUACAAUACCUCUGUCCAUAAUAGCUGACAUGUGUAUGCAAAAGGUGCAGUUUUCUCGGUUAUUUUUUGCAGGAGCUAUCCCUGUAUUUUUUUCAUUUUUUAUUGUAACUCUUCUAUGCCAUUAUAAUAAUUGGGAUCCUGUGAUGGUGGGAAUCAGAAGAAUAUUUGCUUUUAUAUGCAGAAAACAUCGAAUUCAGAGAGUUCCAGAAGACAGCGAACAGUGUGAGAGUCUCAUCUCUAUGCACAGUGUUUCUCAGGAGGAUGGAGCUAGUUAGCUGUUUGUUGUCUGUAGCCCAGCUUGAUAAUGGAACUGUACAGCGAAGAGACAAUCUCUGGCAAGUUUUUGUAGAAAAAAUGUUUCAGUGCCUAGUCUGAAAAAUAACAGUUUCAGUUCUUUGAAACUCUAAAAUAUAUUUUUCUCAUACCUGUUUUCUUCAUUUUCAUAAUGAAGCACUUUGCUAUGUAGCUGUGUACAUAUCACUACAGUUAUAGGAAGUUUCAGUCUACAGUCCGUCCAAAGGACCAACCUGCCUUACACAUCUCAAGGAAUUCAGCUGUUGAAAUCAUUUGAACUAAUCAAGGAAUAAAUCCUAAUGUUCUGGGACUUUAUUUUCACAUGUUAAAUGCUGGAAUAUAUUAUGAAAAUGUUUUCAAGAAAUCACUUAAGUGUUCAUAGACCAGUAUUUCUGACAGGUAAAAUGCUAAAAUAAGCUACCUGUAAUAAGUGUGGAUUAUAUUUUUGGGUUUUGUAGAAUAUUGCAAAUUAACUACACAAAAAAUGUUUAAUUUAUGCAACAAGCAUGUUUGUGCAAAUUUCAUGGGACUUUAAAAAGAAUAAGUAUUUGAGAAAAUAUCUGGUUCACUCACACUACAUUUACUGUAUUAUUCUUUUAUAGCAUUAGGUGCCUUGUAUUUUAAAUCUGUGACAAACUGUGGCAAAUUUUUAAAGGGGAAGUAUUAUUAUAAAAUGAAGAAAUAUGUAUUUCUAAAGGCUAUAUUGCUGUAAACUUAAUUGAUAAAGCUCUGUUUAAUUUAGAGUUUUGAAGAAAUAGUCUCCCUUCAAUUAAGAAAUUUUCAUAAUGGAAUGAUUUAAAUUGAAGUGACAAAGAGUAUUAUUAAAAUACAAUGUUUAUACGUG